ACAGCGUUGCGUGCUGCGUGCUCUGUAUCAUUAUUACCAUCCCGAUGCCCACCUCGGGCCCGGACGCGAUGCAGCCGGCGCUGCGACGGCGGCGGCGGCGCCAAGGCUUCCUCCUCCCCUUCGCCUGCCUCUCCGCCGCCCUCAUCGCCGCUGCCCUGCUCCCCGGCGCCGCUUUCGCCGAUGGCGUCACGCCCUCCGAGGCCCGCCGGCUCCGCGACGAGGUCAAAGAUAUGUUCUAUCAUGCAUUUGAUGGGUACAUGCAACAUGCUUUUCCACUUGAUGAAUUGCGGCCUUUAAGUUGCCAAGGAGAAGAUUCACUUGGUGGCUAUGCACUUACUCUUAUAGACUCUUUGGAUACCUUGGCUUUACUAGGGGAUAAGGAGAGAUUUGAUGCUGCCGUGGAGUGGGUUGGUAAGAAUGUCCGCUUUGAUAUUAAUAAAACUGUCUCUGUUUUUGAAACCAACAUACGCAUUCUUGGGGGUCUGCUAUCAGCUCACCUGAUUGCCAGUGAUUAUGCAACUGGAAUGAGAAUUCAAUCUUAUGAUGAUCAGUUGCUUCAUUUAGCGGCUGACUUAGCUCAAAGAUUGCUACCUGCAUUUGACACUCCAACAGGUAUUCCAUUUGGAUCAGUAAAUUUAUUGUAUGGAGUCGAUGAAAAUGAAAGCAAGAUAACUUCAACAGCUGGUGGUGGCACUUUGACACUGGAAUUUGGUGUCCUGAGUCGUUUGACUAAUGAUAGCGUUUAUGAACGAGUUACAAAAAACUCUGUGCGUGGAAUAUGGGCACGCAGGUCGAAACUUGACCUUGUUGGUGCCCAUAUAAAUGUAUUUACUGGUGAAUGGACACAGAAGGAUGCAGGAAUUGGCACAAGCAUUGACUCAUUCUAUGAGUAUCUUCUAAAGGCGUAUUUAUUAUUUGGAGAUGAAGAAUAUUUGUAUAUAUUUCAGGAGGCUUACAAGGCUGCCAUGCAUUAUCUCCAUCAUGAUCCCUGGUAUGUGGAGGUAAAUAUGAAUUCUGGUGCUACUGUUUGGCCACUAUUCAACAGUCUCCAGGCAUUCUGGCCAGGACUUCAGGUGUUAGCUGGAGAUGUUGAUCCUGCCAUUCGAACUCAUGCUGCCUUCUUCAGUGUAUGGAAAAAAUAUGGCUUCACCCCAGAAGGGUUUAAUCUUGCUACAUCCACUGUUCAGAAUGGACAAAGGAGCUACCCGCUGCGGCCUGAAUUGAUUGAAAGCACAUAUUGGCUGUUCAAGGCUACUAGAGAUUAUAGGUACCUUGAUGUUGGAAGGGAUAUAUUAGCAAGCCUUCAAUAUGGUGCUAAAUGUCCAUGUGGUUACUGCCAUAUUUCAGAUGUAGAAACCCACCAGCAGGAUGACCACAUGGAGAGUUUUUUCCUUGCAGAAACAGUCAAAUAUCUCUGGCUUCUUUUUGAUUUAGCUGCAGGCCCUGAUAAUAUUGUUGAAAAUGGGCCAUAUAAAUACAUAUUUAGUACAGAAGGUCAUCUGUUGCCUGCUACUCCUCAGAUAACCUUGUUAGAUGAGCAUUGCUUGUAUGCUGGAGCAUUCUGCAAUGGUACUGCAGGCCAUGGAUAUGGUACCGGUGAUAGUUCUAAUAAGCAUCAAAAUGCAAACUCUGUUCCGUUCGAUGAUAGUCGAACACCUUCCGAUCAAUCUUUAUCCAAUAUUUUGUCUACGACAAGAGGGUACAUCAAGGGAGUUUGUCCAGGAUUAACUCAUGCCCAGAAACUUGGCAUAUCAUACUCUGCCGAGGAGGAUAACUCAAUACAGCAGAAUUCUGGAAGUAGUGAGAAUCUUGAUGAAUCACACGUGAUCAAAUCCAGUGUCCAAGCUCAAUCAAGUUCUGUUAUAUUGAUAUCGCAUCCAGUCGCAAGCCAAACUGAGGAGCCUACGUCGGGCAGAAGUCAGUACAAUGCAAACAUUGUGGCAACUGCUGAGUCUGUAGGGACUGAUACUGCCGGCGCCUCAUCCCACCCCGAGGAUCUUGUUAAGGAAACUGAGAGCGUCUCUGAACAGAAAGAAAUCAAUGACAAAGAGAUCGCUUCUCAGGGUAGUCAACCGACCGAAGGAAGAUACCUGACCUAAUGUAGGAACGAAAACUUUCACUUAAACUGGAUACCAUCAUUUCAGGGCUUACCAUAUUACAAGUCUGCACGUCAGGUUACAAAACAACAAGUGUUGAUACAAGGCCCAUAGAUCAGUACCUCCUGACCACAGUUGAAUUAUAGUGAAAAUGAAAAAUCUCGCAAUGGGACUACCCUUGAGUGGAUCUGUGGUCUCGAUACACAACAUUUGGAUUUACCACAAGGCAUCAGCUGUGUUCUUUCUGACAAAUUUAGAACGAGCAUUCCUUGAUUCAUUCUGUUUGUAACUUUGUACUGGUCCGAUAGAUUCUUCUGAUCAAAUAGCGGCUGUAUAGUAUUGUACACUAGAGCAAUCAACAAACUGAAUGUCCAAAUGACUCAUACAUGGGCCAGAUUCCAUCCAAAACUGAGUUCUGCAAAUUUAUCUUGUUAAGUUGCCAGAUGCGUGCACAAUCCCCCAUGGAGAAAGUACUUUAUCUGAUGCUAAAACAUCUCUCAGAAUAGGAACAGUUUAGAUACAACACAGCCAUGUACGUUCUCCUCAAAUUACACCGUUCACAACCACCAUGUUUACAUGUAUAGAGGCUCUCUAGAGCGAGAGGCCGCCGGACUCCUCGUCCUCCUCGAGGUCGGAGGUGUAGAUGGUGUAGAGCGACCAGAUGAGGCCGAACACCCCGAGCAGGAUCCACCCCAGCAGGUUGUUGCUCAGCCCGAGGCUGAGCCCGGUGCCCUCCGUCGACAUCCUCUCGUCGACGAGCGCCAUCGCGGGCGCCGCCGUCGCCGCCAUCGCCAGUAGCGACGCGCC